AUGGCAUCGGAUGAGGGGAAGCUCUUUGUCGGUGGACUGAGUUUUGACACCAACGAGCAGUCGUUGGAACAAGUCUUCUCUAAGUACGGACAGAUUUCCGAAGUGGUUGUGGUGAAAGACAGAGAGACUCAGAGAUCCAGAGGGUUUGGCUUUGUUACUUUUGAAAACAUAGAUGACGCUAAAGACGCGAUGAUGGCCAUGAACGGAAAGUCUGUAGAUGGACGUCAGAUCAGAGUCGAUCAGGCUGGAAAAUCCUCAGAGAACAGAUCUCGUGGAUACAGAGGGGGGUCUUCCGGGGGCAGAGGCUUUUUCCGUGGUGGCAGAGGUCGGGGCCGUGGCUUCUCUAGAGGAGGUGGAGACAGAGGCUAUGGCGGAAGCAGGUUUGAUUCCAGAAGCGGAGGAUAUAAUGGCUCCAGAGACUACUAUAAUAGCAGCAGGAGUCAAGGUGGCUAUGGCGACCGGAACUCGGGAGGAUCCUACAGAGACAGCUAUGACAGUUACGGUAAGUCUUGGUUCAAAUGGGAACGAUGAGUACGUGUGCUGUAGGAGCUCUAAACCUCUGAGCCUGUACUCGAGUCUGGAAUACUGAACGGCUCGCUUGGACCGUGCCACGAUUCCCGUUCUUUGUCCGUAAGAGCCAAUCCCUCAGGCUUCGGCCGUGGUGGUGCCGGUUUAAGUUGCUAAUUUGUAAUGCAUGUGUAGGAGUUGCUCGGAUCUAAGGCGCAAAGCAAGUUGUUAAAAUACGUUCCUCGAGCUUGAGACUAAGACAAAACUCGGAUGCCCUAACAAACUUUAAUCAAGGGUGGGGGAGUUCUCCUAGGGUGUAGCCAAGUAGCGCUAGCUUCGGAAAUAAUGCGAGGGAGUAAAAUGCUGGAACUUGUCUAUGCUUCAGUGCCUUUACAACUGUGCCUGCUUCUUGUCCUCAGCUACACACAACGAGUAAAAACCCUUCCUGACUCAAGAUCGUCCUUCCAAUGGCUGUAUUUAUAAAGAUUUUUGGAGCUUCGCUGAAAUGGUUAUUGUGUAGUACAUCUACUUGUAUUUUCACUUUUGUAGUAUUAUCAGUUCUGAUCUUGUCAAACACAGCCUGACAGCUUCUGAUAGAAGAUGGUCUCGUUAGACUUUUCUUGAAGAAAGCUCUGCUUUCAAAGUGGUUUUAAUCUUGUUUUUGAAAGCACUUCAGAUUUUAUUUUACCCUCUGUGACGAGCCAAGGUUGUUUUUUUUUUGUUGUUGUUUUUUUAAAGUUGGGCCCCCAAUUCAGUUUCUUUUGAGCUAGAAAGGACCUUGAAUUCACUGUUCACUGGAAGCUGAACAAGCUGUGGAUUUUUUCUUUUUAUUUUUUUUUUAAGUGCAUUACCUUCGUCUUUUGUAACAUUCCUUUAGUGUAGCAAGGUAGGAAUGCAGCCUGGGUACAGAUUGGAAGGCAAACCACCUUGAUAUAUCUAAAGAGAAACUUGCUUGUAUGUUCAACCCGCAUAACGGUAUUUUUACUGUUGUAACGAUGUAAAUGACCCAGAAAGACUUGCAAACUUACCAUAAAAGAGGUUCUUGAAAAUGUUUAUUUAUAUUGUCCUUUUUUACUGGAAGAAAUAUGCAUAUUCCAUUGAUAUUGUAUUUGAAGUGGUGAAGGAUUCUUGUAUACAGUUUGCUCUGGCUUUACGAAGCCUAUUAAAAGACCGUCUGAAAUGAA